GCUGCCCGCAAAGGUGACCGAAACCAGAGUUUAUAAAUAUUCUCGAACUCUCCUUUCUCCAAACCCUCUCUGCUUUACACCCGAGCCAACGAAAUCGCCCUAGGUAACCGGGAGCAACACUCACAGGAUUAAAAGUUCAUACUGAAGCACAUCAAUCAUGUUCGGCCGUGCUCCCAGGAGGGGUGACAACUCCCGGUACUAUGACAUUCUUGGUGUCUCAAAAAAUGCGAGUCAGGAUGAGCUGAAGAAAGCUUAUAAGAAAGCAGCUAUAAAGAAUCAUCCAGAUAAGGGUGGAGAUCCCGAGAAGUUUAAGGAGUUGGCUCAAGCAUAUGAUGUAUUGAGUGAUCCCGAGAAAAGAGAAGUAUAUGACCAAUAUGGAGAAGAUGCUCUCAAGGAGGGAAUGGGAGGAGCUGGACCUUCCCACAAUCCAUUUGAUAUAUUUGAGUCAUUCUUUGGUGGUGGUGGAUUUGGUGGUGGCAGCUCAAGAGGGAGGAGGCAGAAGCAAGGUGAUGAUGUGGUUCACUCUUUGAAGGUUUCUCUUGAGGACUUGUACAAUGGAACUUCUAAGAAGCUAUCCUUGUCUAGAAAUGUGUUGUGCCCAAAAUGCAAAGGGAAAGGAUCAAAGAGCGGUGCAUCUGGGAGAUGCUCAGGUUGCCAAGGUUCUGGUAUGAAGGUCUCUAUCCGACAGCUUGGACCUGGCAUGAUCCAGCAGAUGCAGCAUGUUUGCCCGGACUGCCGUGGCUCAGGUGAAGUCAUAAGUGAGAAGGACAAGUGCACACAGUGCAAAGGAAACAAAGUUACUCAAGAGAAGAAGGUUUUGGAAGUGCACGUCGAGAAAGGAAUGCAAAAUGGCCAGAAAAUUGUGUUUCAAGGUGAAGCUGAUGAAGCACCGGAUACAGUAACAGGUGACAUCGUCUUUGUAUUGCAAUUGAAAGAGCACCCGAAGUUCAAAAGGAAGUUGGACGAUCUCUUUGUAGAACACACGCUUACUUUGACUGAGGCUCUCUGUGGGUUCCAGUUUGCUUUGACCCAUCUUGAUGGAAGGCAGCUCCUUAUCAAAUCUGGGGAGAUCAUUAAGCCUGGUCAAUACAAGGCCAUCAAUGAUGAGGGGAUGCCACACUAUCAGAGGCCCUUCAUGAAGGGGCGCCUCUACAUCCACUUCAACGUUGACUUCCCUGAGUCACUAACCCCAGAUCAAUCUCGUGCCCUCGAAAAGAUAUUGCCAGCCAAGCCUGGUAGCAGUCAGUUGUCAGACAUGGAGGUCGACGAGUGCGAGGAGACCACAAUGCAUGAUGUCAACAUUGAGGACGAGAUGAGGAAGAAGCAACAGCAGCAGCAACAACAGGAGGCCUACGACGAAGAUGAGGAGCCAUCUGCCCCUCGUGUGCAGUGCGCCCAGCAGUAGAGAGAGAGAGAGAGAGAGAGAGUAGUUGGUCAUGGGAAAGAAAGUAGGUAUUAUUUGGGUGUGGAGUAUUAUAUGUGUUAGAUGGAAGGAAGUGGUUUUAUUUAGAUCUUGAGUGAGUAAUCCUAAGAGAGAGAGAGAGAGAGGUCCGGUGUGCGCAGCAAAGAGAGGGGCCCAGCUGCUGGAUGAACCCAAGGUAAUCUCUCAUAUUUUUUCUCUCUCUAGAAGAUAAGAAUGAAAGAACUGUUGGAUAUUUGAAGGGUUUCCUUGCGAGCUUGGAGCUGUGUAUGUGAUUGUUCAGAUCAUUGUCUGGUAGUUGAAUUUAAAUUUUUAGUAAGUUGGAUAUGAUUAUUCUCAUUUUAAGAUUUCCUUUGUGCGGUUUA